AUGACAACCGAAGAGCGCUCGGCGGCUCUUAUGCGAGUCUACCACUUUGCCGACAGCAAGCUCAAGGAGACCCUCAAGAACCCCGAGCUCACACUCAAGCUUCUUGCCCUGGCCCGCGAGGCGGGUGUUGAGGAUGGUUGCGACAAGGCCGUUGGCAAUUUGCUCUACGAGACCGCCGGCAAGUUCCCGGCCGGUGCGCUCGAGCAUCGGGCCAAGCUGUGCGCCGUGAUCGGUAAUGGCGAGCUCAAGAAGAAGGAGCAGCUGAUCGAGGCCUUCAACUACUUCAAGAACCUCAAGGGCGACUUCAACGAGGACGCAUUCAAGGCCACCGCCGGCAUCGGGCUGGAGGUGACCGACGAUCAGAUCGUGGAGGCCAUCCGCGCGCUCAUUGGCGAGCGGGAGGAGGAGAUCAAGGAGCGCGGCACGUGGGUGUGGAUGGACCUCUUCAAGGUGCUCAAGGACCGGUUCAAGUUCCACCAGAAGGAGGCGCGCGAGCUGCUCGAGAAGGAGUUCGGCCCGAUGCCCAAGGGCAAGGAGCCCGCCCGGGCCAAGCCCACCGACGCCGCGGCCGUCGAGGAGGCGCGCAAGAAGGAGGAGCGCGAGCGGGAGGAGCGCAAGAUCAGCCUCAACGAGAGCAUCAAGCUGCACGCGCCGCGCGACAACCCGUUCUGCAAGAAGCGCCCGGAGCUGCUCGAGAAGCACCUGCGCGAGACGGGCGGGCGCGUGGUGACGCGGUUCCCGCCGGAGCCCAACGGGUACCUGCACAUCGGGCACGCCAAGGCGAUGAACCUCAACUUUGGCUACGCCAAGCGCAACGGCGGGUGGUGCUACCUGCGCUUCGACGACACCAACCCGGAGAAGGAGUCACAGGAGUACAUCGACAGCAUCACGGACAGCGUGCGGUGGCUCGGGCACGAGCCCUACAAGGUCACCCACGCGGCCGACUACUUCGACCAGCUCUACGAGUUCGCCAAGGAGCUCAUCCGCCGGGACAAGGCCUUUGUGUGCCACCAGACCGCCGACGAGAUGAAGGCCGGGCGCCAGGCGCGCCGCGAGACCGGCGUGCCGCACCCGAGCCCAUGGCGCGACCGCCCGAUCGAGGAGUCGCUGCGGCUGUUCGAGGACAUGCGGAUGGGCAAGUUCAAGGAGGGCGAGGCCACGCUGCGCAUGAAGCAGGACCUGACGAGCCACAACCCGUGCCUGUGGGACCACGUGGCCUACCGCGUCAAGUUCGUACCGCACCCGCACGCCGGCGACAAGUGGUGCAUCUACCCGUCGUACGACUUUACGCACUGCAUCUGCGACUCGAUCGAGAACAUCACCCACUCGCUGUGCUCGCUUGAGUUCGAGGUGCGGCGCGAGUCCUACGAGUGGGUGCUCGACGCGCUCGACAUCUACCGCUCGCCGCAGAUCGAGUACAGCCGGCUCAACAUCACCUACACGGUCAUGUCCAAGCGCAAGCUCAUCCAGCUCGUCGACGAAAAGUACGUCACCGGCUGGGACGACCCGCGCCUGCUCACCGUCAACGGCCUCCGGCGACGCGGCUACACGCCCGAGUCCAUCAACGCCUUCUGCGAGCGCGUCGGCGUCACCCGCACCUUCAACAUGCAGGACUACGAGCUCCUCGAGGAGUGCUGCCGCCAGGACCUCGAGGUGCGCGCCGACCGCGCCAUGGUCGUGCUCAACCCGCUCCGCGUCGUCCUCACCAACUACCCCGAGGACCGCGUCGAGGACCGCGCCAUGCCCGUCCACCCCGACCCCGCCCAGAACCGCGGCACCGUCGCCAUCCCGCUCUCGCGCGUCGUCUACAUCGACCGCAACGACUUCCGCCUCGAAGACUCGCCCACCUACUACCGCCUCGCCCCCGGCAAGGAGGUGCGCCUCAAGUACGCCUACAACAUCCGCUGCACCCAAGUGAUCCAGGACGCCGACGGCAACGUCACCGAGCUCCGCGCCGAGGUCGACCUGGCCAACACCAACAAGCCCAAGGGCAACAUCCACUGGGUGGCCCAGCCGGCCCCCGGCGUCGAGCCGAUGGCCAUGGAGGUGCGCAUCUACGACCGCCUCUUCAAGUCGCGCCUGCCCGAGGGCACCAAGGAGGAGCCCAAGAACUUCCUCGACGACAUCAACCCCGACUCGCUCCACGUCAUCCGCGGCGCCUUGGCCAACCCGCACCUCAGGUCCGCCAAGCUCUACGACCGCUUCCAGUUCGAGCGCGAGGGCUACUUUGUCGUCGACAAGGACUCGACCGAGGACCACCUCGUCUGGAACAGGAUCGUCACCCUCAAGGAGGACAAGCUCAAGGACGCCAAGCAAUAG